UUGGCUGGGGUGCUCCCUUUCCGUUUCUCCAGGGACUCCCUAUCCCAUCAUCUCGACAUCUGUGGCUCUGGGAAGGGAUGCAGCAUGGCCUUUUCUGGCAGGCUCUUUGGGGGACUCUCCCUUCUCCUGGUGAUGCUCUCUCUGGCUCAGGCAGUCCGACAGUUCCAUGUGCUCCGCCAGCGCCUCUUACAGCAGCAAGAGGAGCACAAUUGGGAAAAGUUCAAUUCGCGCAAGUUGAAACCGGGAAUGGCCCAACCAGAAUUGGACAGCAUCAUGGGGGGCAACAUCCGCCAACCUCUGGACCACUUCAACAAGCAAAACCGCAUCACGUUCAACCAGCGAUACUACAUUAAUUCUGAUUUCUUCCGACCUGGUAAUCCCGUCUUCCUCUACAUCGGGGGUGAGGGUGAAUUGUCCGGAUUUGUUGCUAUAAUGGGACACCAUGUGAACCUGGCCGAACAGUAUGGUGCUCUCCUUGUGGCCUUGGAGCAUCGUUUCUAUGGCUCCAGCCUCAACCCUGAUAUGUUGGAGGACCGCAACUUGCCAUACCUGAACAGCCAGCAAGCCUUGUCCGACCUUGUUUCCUUCCAACAGUUUAUCACUCAGAAGUACAAACUGACGCAAAACAACACCUGGAUUUGCUUUGGAGGAUCGUACCCUGGCUCUUUGGCAGCCUGGUUCCGACUCAAGUUUCCCCAUUUGGUCUUUGGCGCCAUUGCAUCUUCAGCCCCUGUCCGAGCGCAAGUGGAUUUCUCAGGUUACGAGAAGGUUGUUGCGGAAAGUCUGUCCAAUCCAGUGAUUGGUGGUUCCAAACAGUGCCUUGAUGCCGUAGCCGAGGGCUUCGCCGCUGUGGAGAAGCUGGUACUUGCUGGGCAGUUGCAGAAGCUAGAAAAAGAUUUCCAAUCCUGUACCCAUGUACAAGGCCACAGUGACAGCAUUGAGCUGCUCAGCAACAUGGCUGACGUCUUAAUGUUCAUUGUGCAGUACAACAACGAAGGAGAAAAUAUGGCCAACGUGAACAGCCUGUGCAAAACGAUGACCGACCCGAACAUUGGAUCUGCCUACGAGAGACUUACCGUAGCCAAUCUCAAGGCUCUGAAAAGCAUUGGACUUCCAUGCGUGCACAGCUCACAUACUGAAUUCAUACAGCUACUACGUGACACCAAGGUGACAAAAGACUCUUUUAUGAGGCCAUGGAUCUUUCAGACAUGCACAGAGUUUGGCUAUUUCAUGACCUGUGAGGAUCCUAUCUGCCCCUUUUCCAAACUGGUGGACCUGAAGUUUCAGAUGGAUGUUUGCAAGGAGGCCUUCAACAUAUCCUCCCGCAGUGCCCAGGACGCGGUGUCUUUCACCAAUGAAUACUACGGGGCUGACCACCCCAAAGCCACCCGUGUUCUUUUCGUGAAUGGUGAUGUUGAUCCUUGGCAUUCACUGAGCGUCCUCGAGGACCAGUCUUCCUCCGAGAGGGCCAUUUUGAUCAAUGGCACUGCCCACUGUGCCGAUAUGAACAUGCCUUCAAACACAGACCCAUUGCCUCUGGUCGAAGCCAGGAAGAAAAUCAACGCUCAGGUUGGUGAAUGGCUGAAACUGGCAAAGGAGAUGCAACAGGACAGCUGAACGGUCAGAUGAGCGGGAAAAUAUAUUUAGUCUUCUGGAGACGAUCAUUGGAGAAAAUCUGCCUAGACUCACUCCUUGGAGGUUGUCAGAAAAAACUUGUUUGACUCUAAAUGCCACAGUGAUUCUGUUAUUUUUUAAAUGCACGCUUCAGAACUUAACUUGCGUUCUUUCAGAACUGAGUAUUCUAUUACUGUGAUAAGUACUUUUAACUUUUUUUACACUUGAAAAUGCCUUUGCGUCACCUCGGAGCUGACUCCCCUACCCAUAAUCGAUCGUGUUUUUGUAAAAAAAUUAAAUAAAUUUAAAAAAUUACACAUUGCUUUGCAAAUAAAUACUUUUUUAUACAUCCAUUCA